AAUGUGUCAAAAUGGCGACUCAUCCAGCAGAAGGGUCGACAAAUUCCAAGAACGAAGAACAUUUUGAUAAUUUUGAGCUUAUUAAAGACCAAAUUGCCGCAAUGUUAAGACACGAAGAUGUUAAACUGUGGUUGGAGCCUUAUACCAAAGAAAAUAGUGGCGAGGCAGGGAAAUUCAAUGGAGAUUAUUGAAAGAUACUCGACUGUAUUGCAAAUUUCUUCUAACCUUGUUGCAAAUGCUCUUGAACAUCUACGGGAAAAUGCAGUUAGAAAAUUAUCGGCAAAUAAACAAUUUAAAACCUCUGGCAUUGCGACAAUCAAAGUGAAAUUGGUUGGAAGUUCACUUGGCUCUACAAAAUUUCUAAAUUUAGAGAUGGGUCUUAGUGUGACUGGUGAAACUUUAAUGGUUAAAAUACUCAAUGAAAUUGGGUUAGGAUCUAAAAAAUGUCGCAAUAUCAAACUAAUCUGCCAUGGAAAAAUUUUAUCACAUAAUGAGCAAACUCUAGAAGCGCAAGGUGUUCGUCAUAACAGCGUUGUCAUGGCGAUAUUCAACCAUAGUGAAUCAGUGGAAGUAGCCAAUCAAAACAACCAAUCAAACCCAGUGACGAAAACGCGGAAUGCAGCGAGUUUGCUUGCUAACAAAACACAAGGUGGGAAAAGUCCGUAUCAAGAUUAUUUACUGGAGAUAAGUGACCAAAAUGGAAAGCCUCUUCAGUUACCCGAGGAUGAACGCAAGUCGUUGGUUCUUGCGAUGACACUUCACGAACAAGGGCGUAGAAUGGCCGAACAAAGACAAUAUGCAGACGCCUUGCCUUUGUUUUUGGCUGCCGAAGAAGAAUUCAGGCAAUGUCGUUCUGAAGUAUUGAAUGCAGUUGAUAAUUACGCCAUACUAUGUUUGGAUGUUGUUUGGUGUUAUCUUCAACUGCAGAGCAUCAGAGAUCUCCCAAAUGCAGACGAAUUGCUGAAGAAAUGUGAAAAAUGUUUGAAGAAAAGUUACGGGGAAAACCUCGAACGACUUGUCUCCUUGACGGGUGGUUCUGCUAAAGAAAAAGUCCUGUACCUUCGACUUAACCUUCUUCAAGCUAUCUCCGCUUUCCACAAAGGAGAUAUGAGGCAAGCCUCGCGUCUUUUGGAUAUGGUCGAACAAGAAGUCAAUCAGUUAAAAAUAGACGAUGGAUCGCUGUCACAAAUGAUCUCUAUGGGGUUCGGUGCAUCUGAAUCAAGGCUAGCUUUGAGAUCAUGCAAUGGUGAUGUCACCGUAGCUGUUGAUUAUAUAUCGAAAAAACGGGAGGCGAAACGGAAAUUGUUGAAAGAACGAAAAGAAAAAAGAAAGAAACAUAAAAUGGCUGUGAAUUUAGGAAAAACUGCAAAUGGCGAAUGGGUGAAAAUUGAUCUGUUCAACAGAUUAUGUGAGAUGGGUUAUCGUCAGGAGUACGCUAGCGAGGCUUUACGUCAAACAAAUAACGAUAUGGAUACAGCCAUUCAGAUUCUUAUCGAAAGACCUGAAUUGUUGGAGCGAGCAGUUUCCGAGAGAAGACCAAGUUUGGAAGUAUCUGAUGAGUUGAUUGCGCAGGUGACUUCCAUGGGAUUCAACGUCGACAUUUCGCGUUCAGUCUUGAAACAUUAUGGCGAUAUAAACAAAACAAUAGGGCGAUUAUUAGAAACUUCCGGUGAACUUCCUCCCGAAUGUAAAAAUACGAUCAUCAAAGAUGGAAUUGUCGCAGAUUUAGCUGACCAAAGAGGAGGAGAAAAUUCAGACUCGGACAGUGAUGACCCAGAAGUAGUUCAGAAUGCAUUGAAAGAGAUCACUCCUGCAUUCGAUGUUGAAAGCGACGAGGCUCAUUUAGAUGUGACUUUAGAAGAAGAAAUCACUUUCCUUAGACAAUACAGAGAAAUGAUAAUGACAAAGAAUCAGUGGGAGAAACGAGACGAGGAAUAUGAUUUCGAAAGUGAAGAGGAAGCAGUCACCACAAGAGAUUUACAAGAAGAUUCAAAGUGGACUCUGCAAAUUUGGUAUAUACAGAUGGAGUAUUGGGAGAAGAGUACUCUAAGGAAUGCUAUUGAUGAGGGAUAAUACAAGGACCAACCGAGAAUGUGGCAAAUUCUCCGUGAGAUUGUAGAAGGAUUAUUUUAUGUUCUUUCACUUGUAGAUAAAAAUGUGAAUAAUUUUCGCUUAGCUCAGUAAAUACAUAUAUUUAGGCUUAUUA